AUGUGUCUUGGCUCUUCUGAGAGCAGAGAGGGAUCUGUUUCUGAGUGGGGUUGUGUGUGGCUGACCAAGGUUACUGAGCUACUGCAGAACAGUGCAGAGCAAUUCGGGCUUCUUAUAUUUAGCCUUGCGAUGUGCGCGCUACGGAUUAUGUCUUGAGCGUCUCAGGUUUCGCCUUCAGUACGUUUGCGGGUGUGGAGGGGGUCCGGUAACUAGUGGGAGGCCUCUCUUCAGGUGAGGAGGUGGUGGGUUACUGACGUUUAACCCCCUCUCAUUCUAUGAACAUCUCACAGGCAACCUCUCUCUCUCUUUCUCACUUUCUCUCCCACCCUCUUGCUUUCUUUACCUCUUUCUCACACCCUCACACAGGAAAAGGCUGUUUACGGUGACAUAGUCGUUUCCCAUUCUGGAAGGCUAUUUGGAGGGUACAGAUAGUAAGAAAAUAGCCGUGUUAGACUACAGCUUCUAAUCUGAUACAAGUAGAGAACACUAACUAGGUUUUUGCAAAACAUUGGAGGGACCUCAUUUUAGUGUGGAGGCACAUUGAGGUCGUAGUUCAAAACGGGUCAUGGAUACACUGGCUUUAGAGGCGAAGGCAACUGGACAAGAAAAGAAAAGUUCAGCCCCAAGACCAAGACCUAAACCACCCAAAAAGGCCAAAAGGAUUGUUUACUUUGAGGUAGAAAUCGUGGAUGCAAAGACAAAGGAGAAGCUACUACUCUUGGACAAAGUUGAGCCAACUUCUACUAUUUUGGAUAUUAAGGCUUUGUUCCACAAAUCAAAUCCCCAGUGGUACCCAGCCAGACAGUCCUUACGCCUGGAUCCUAAGGGUAAGGGUCUGAAGGAUGAGGACGUCUUGCAGACACUUCCUGUUGGAACCACAGCCAGCUUCUACUUCUUUGACCUGGGGGCCCAGAUCGCCUGGGGCACUGUCUUCCUAUCAGAGUGUUACGGACCACUGCUCAUCUACUUGAUGUUCUACUUCCGCCUGCCUUUCAUCUAUGCCCCAAAGUAUGACUUUAGCAGCAGCAAGCAUUGGGUUGUACAUUUGGCCUGCAUGUGUCACUCCUUCCACUAUGUGAAGAGAAUCCUUGAGACGCUGUUCAUCCACCGUAUCUCCCAUGGUACCAUGCCACUGAGAAACAUCUUCAAGAACUGCAGUUAUUACUGGUGUUUCGCAGCAUGGAUGGCCUACUACAUCAACCAUCCCCUCUAUACACCACCCUACUAUGGGCAACAGCAAGUGAAGACAGCACUCAUUAUAUUCUUAUUCUGUCAGGUCGGAAACUUCUCCAUCAACAUCACUCUACGCAACCUCAAAUGUCCAGGUUCGAAGGUCAAGAAGAUCCCACACCCAACUAAGAAUCCAUUCACCUGGAUCUUCGCGUUGGUGUCUUGUCCCAACUAUACAUACGAGCUGGGGUCAUGGAUGGGCUUCACAGUGAUGACCCAGUGCUUGCCGGUGGCUUUCUUCACCAUCGUGGGCUUUGUCCUGAUGACGGUGUGGGCCAGGGGAAAGCACCGAAACUACCGCAAGGAGUUCCGUGACUACCCCACCCUGCGCUCCCCUAUACUGCCCUUCAUCCUUUAGUCAGAGAGGGGCUGGUCCCACACAUAACUUCACCC